UUCUUGCUCCAAAGCUUUCUAAUUACCAACAUACACACAAUGAAGAACACCAUUACUAAUGUCAACACAAAGCUCAUUCUUCUGCAUCCCUACAUUCAGAAACAAGGCAACCCGAACCGCCUAUGGCUCGUCGCUCUCGUGUCAGUGUUCGCGGUAGCAUCCCUUCUGACCCUUGUCUACACCCGCGAAUCGUUUCACACAACCAACACCACCACCACAACGCGCAUCACUGCCACCAUCACCCACAACGAACAAACGCUGCCCAAAUCAGUGAUGCGAGCUCUUGUUCACUAUGCCGCCAACACCAACAGCACCAAUCACAUGUCACAAACCGAUAUUAAACAAAUCUCUGAUGUCCUCAAACAAUGCACCUCCCCUUGUAACUUUCUUGUCUUCGGGCUCACCCCCGAAACCCUCCUCUGGAACGCUUUGAACCACUAUGGCCGAACCGUUUUCAUAGAUGAAAACCGCUACUAUGCUGCUUACAUGGAGGAAAAAUACCCAGAAAUCGAAGUGUAUGACGUCCAAUACACCACCAAGAUCAGGGAGCUCAAGGAGCUUGUCACUUCUGUUAGGGAACAAUCACAUAACGAGUGUGGGCCCGUUCAAAAUCUGUUAUUUUCUGAUUGCAAGAUCGGGCUAAACGAUCUUCCUAACCAACUAUAUGAUAUAAACUGGGAUGUGAUUCUGGUGGAUGGUCCACGCGGGUAUUGGCCAGACGGUCCUGGGAGUAUAUCGGCCAUAUUCACCGCCAGCGUGCUUGCUCGGAGCAAAAAGGGUGGGAACCAUAAAACCCAUGUGUUUGUGCAUAAUUAUAAUAGGGAGAUGGACAAGGUGUCUAGUGAAGAGUUUUUGUGUAAAGAGAAUUUGGUCAAGUCUUCUAAGGACUUGUUGGCUCAUUUUGUCGUAGAGAGAGUGACGGACGAGAACGGCAGACACCAAUUUUGCCGAAACAAUUCAACAACGUCAUCCUAGGCCAGCCAUCACCGCCUAUCACCACCCAUCACCGCCACUGUGUAUUUUUACGAUGUGACCAUUACUUGCAAUAGUGUAAACAUUCAUUAAUCUUGUCGAAUUUGUUUUCAAA